AUUUCUCCUCCCCAACCCAUUUCCCCACCUAUAUCGACUCUUGUCUUCCCCUUGCUCUACUGAAGAGAGCAAAGACCCAGCCGAGAAAACCAGGCAGGGGCAGUACGUGCCAGAUCUAGGGGUUCGGAGGAGAAAGGCAAGAGAGGAAGGAGGCCCAUGGAGCGGUUUAAGUCUGUGUUGGACCUGUUCGUCAAAUACCACACUGUUUUAGGCUAUAGCUUCUUGAGCCUGCUGGCAGCUGGCGGGGAGAGCCUCUUAUCCAGUGUAGUGUUCCAAUGCCCCUGCAGCGCUACCUGGAACCUUCCCUAUUCCCUCGUCUUCCUCCUGGUUCCCGCCCUGAUCCUCUUCCUUCUAGGCUGCCUGUUGAGCACCCGGGCCAAGCGGCUCGUGACAGGUUGCUGUGCGCCAGGUCGAGGGGAAGAAGAGUUCAGUGAAGCAGGCCAGGACUUGUGCACGGGGAUGGUGACAUGCUGUCACUUCACCUUGGCCUCUGCUGUAGCACCUAUCACUUGGAUCGCAGUGGCAUUACUCGGGGGAGGUUUCUAUGAGUGCGCAGCCAGUGGGAGCACCUGGGUAUCUUGGCAGUUGUGCCCAAAUCAAGAGGUCAAUUGUUCCAAGCAGCUGCCACAGGUGCCCUGCCAGAAAGGAAAGCCGGAGUGGAUCCAGGAUGUCUCGAAGGAACUCAAGGCGCAUUCCCAGGUGGCAGGUUGGACCCUGAUAGCUCUUGUGGUGAUUGCUCUUCUGAUUUUCACAUCCAUCAUUAGAUGCCGAUCUCCAGUUAAUUUUCUUCACCGUAAGUUCUGGAAACUAUAUUGUCGAAAGGAAGAAGAGAUGUUGAUGAAUGAAGCUAAGAAGCAUGCUACUGAAUUGGCAGAAGAGAAUGUCAAAUGCUUCUUUGACAGCUCCCAGCCAAAAGAGUUCAGAAUACCAAAUUAUAAAGACUGGGAGAAUAUCUCAUUGCAAUAUACAUUCAGUCCUGGAAGUCAAUAUUACAGUAUAUUACACAAGUAUGUUAACAAACAGAAGGAUGACUGUAAUAUUCAACCAUGAAGUAAAGAAGUUGUGAAUCCUAUUCUAAGUUUUGUGGAUUCACCUGAUUUUACCAAUUCUAUUAAUGUAAUAUAAUAAUAAAUAAACAUUAUAUGAUACAGCAUAAUGUUUUAUGUAGAACAACAUAACUAUAUGUAGAAAAUAUUUCCUAUUUCUACUUCCUUUUGAUAGACAGUAAUUUUGCUAAUAAACAGGUUUGCAAUUCUACCAUAA